AUGAGGGAUAACAGCGAAACAACAGAAAUAUAUAAGAAUGAACAAAGUUCUUCCUCUUAGGAAAUGGACAUUGAUGAAGCGAUGGAAAAAGUAGGUUAAAGGCAUAAAUACUAAAAAGUUAUAGUUUUCUUUUCUUCUUUAACUAUGUUUUUUGCUACAUUUUGUUAUAUGGUCAUUCCUUAUUACUUAAGUCCUCCAACAUUUGAAUGUUUAAAAGAUGGUAAAUGGACAACUUGCGAUGAAGACAACGGAGCUUGUGAUGCUAAAAUUUAGUCAAGAAUGACAACAAAUGUUGACUCAAGUAUAUCUGCCUAACUAGAGCUUUAUUGUGAUAACAGAACAUGGAGAACGAUAAUAUAGAGCACUCCUUAUUUUGGUUGUAUUGUGGGUGUAUUUAUUUUUAACUACUUUUCAGACAACAAAGGUAGAGCAAUAACUAUUAAAGUAUGCUGGGUUAUUGGUACAGUUUUCUCUCUAAUAUUAAAUUUUUCUACAAAUAUUCCUAUGCUUUUAAUUGGAUCCUUUGGUCUUGGUUUUGGCAUUCAAACGCUUCUUUCAUUAGUGAUUGUAAAUUGUAAUGAAAUUUCAGCUGGCUAGUUUAGAGUUAUAGCAGUCAUUCUUCUUUAUGUCUUAUGGGCAGUAAAUGAAAUGUAAUACAUUUGGCUUCUUAAAGUUUUUCCUAAUUGGAAAUGGUGCACUUUUAUUUGCUUUACAGCCCCUAUGUGCUUACUCACCGCAUUCCCAUUUAUUUUUAUUCGUGACUCUCCAAGAUAUUUGUAUUAGAAAAGCAGACAAAAAUGUUUAGAAGCUUUAAAUUAUAUUGCAGAUUUUAACAAAAGAGAAAAAAUUAGAGAAUAUGAUCUUAAAGAAGAGGGAAGAAAUGAUGACAGAACAUAUAGCUACAUAGACUUAUUUAGAUAUAAAUCUUAAAGAAAAACCACCAUUUUUAUGAUGAUUCUUUUCAUAUCUCCCCAUAUUUUAUAUUAUGGAAUUUAAGUUUCAUUAGACCAGCUAGGUUCCUCUUUUGAAGAAAACUCAUUGUAUAUCGGUAUAGGUGAAUUUAUUGGAUAUGUAGCUUCAGAUUUGAUUUCUCACAAAAUUCCAAGAAAGAAAGGAACAUUUUACUCUUUGUUAGUUACAUGUGCCCUUUGUAUUUCUUUCAUAUUCUUUUAAAUUCCUGAAUCAUGUAAAAGUUCUGACUAAACAUGCUGGUAAAAGCCAUUUUAAUCUUUUAUGGCUGCCUUAUCAAGAUGCAUAGUUUCAUUAACAUUUAGUUUAAUGGUUCUACUUUGUGGUGAAACAUAUCCUACUACUUUAAAAUCAGUUGGAUAUGGAUUUAAUUUUGCUAUAGGAAUGAUUGGUAGUUUCUUAUCUCCUUACAUAGUUGAUAUUUCUAAUAGAAUGGGAAUUGUUCCAGUUGCAAGCUUGGGUGUUUUAACAUUAAUGGGAUGUGUUGCAGUAUGUUUUUUAAAAGAAACUCUAAAUUAGCCUAUGCUUUAAGAGAUACCAGAACUUUAGAUUAGAGCUAGUAGUAGAAAAUCAUUAGUAAUAGAUAUAAAUAAUAUUCAUUCGAAUGUAUAAGAAGAUGAGAAUGCUAGUGAUGUAAAAUAAGAAAAAAUAAUUCAUAUUAAUUGA